GAGUGUAGUCUUCAUGAAGGUCCCACCCCUGAUUGACAUUGCCUGCAGCUGGAGAGCAGCAGGAGCUCAGCUUCACUGAUAACACAAGUCACCAGAGAGGUGCUACACUAUGUGAGAACUGAACUGCGGUUUCUUUGCUGGUGGAAGAUGGCAAUGAUGGCAAUUUGGGCAGCUGUAUUAAUAACAUAUGGAGUCUCCAUAGGAAUAUCAAAGAGUUCUUCAGAACCUGGGUCAAAAGGUCAACUCCCCUUGGAUUUGGCUCCAAACUCUGUUGAUGAUAUGUACACUGGUUGCAAAGACAAAAUGGAGUACAGAGUAAAGAAGGAGUACCUGGAGAAUGAGAAGAACAGAGACAAAAAUUUCACCCUGGCCUGGGGCGAAGCAGAAAAAUACUACAACAAAAAGUGGUGGCGUAAAAAGGGAAAGCGACCUCCCACCUCCCUGGGCAAAGAGCAGAUCAUGGCUAUUUAUGCUUAUACCCUCGAUAAGCCAAAAAUCUAUCUGGAGUUCAACAAUGCAGUUCGAACCCAGAAAUCUAAGUACAAGUCCACAUUCAGGUACCACGCCCUUCACUUCUUCCUGACUGACGCCCUCCAGACUCUCAACGUUCGCAAACCUGAAGCAGAAAGAUGUCUCACCGGCUACCGCAGAGUCAACAGCUACUUUAGCCAAGAUGUUCUUAACAAGGUGGUUCGCUUUGGCUCCUUCACCUCCAGCUCAAUGGGUUGGUACCCCAGCGCUGAAAGAUUUGGAGACAAGUCAUGCUUUGAGAUAAUCACAUGCUCUGGAGCAGACGUCUCUCUGUUCUCUAAGCUCGGGGAGUCAGAAAGAGAAGCCCUAAUUCCCCCUUAUGAGGUCUUUAAAGUCAGAAAGAUUGAGAGGAGAUGUGAUCAGAGGAGUCUUCCAUGUGAGGUGGUCUAUAAACUGAAGAGUACACGCAUACCUCUUUCCAACCUGAACUGUGCUCUUUUCUGAAUUACGCAGUUUCAAAUGUUUAACAUAUAUGAUAUUAAGAAAACAAGUAAACAAGCAUUUUUAUUGGGUUGCACAGGAUUAGUGAUUUCACAUUAUUCUCACAAUGCAUUUAGAUACUAUUUGAAUGAAGGCAUGAUGAGCUAGUCUCUUAAUAUACAUGUACAAAAUGCCAGUAAUUCAACAUAUGAAAGCUAAAAGCAAAAAAAAGCAAAUUCAAUAAAGCCAAGAAGUCAUAUCUAAAGUCAUAAAUGUAUUUGGAUGUCUGUAACUUUCAUAACGCAGCUUUUCUGAUAUAUUAUCCCUGUCAUUUGGAAUGAAAUGCAUUGGAUGCAAUAAAGGAAUACAAUAAAAUCCUGUCAAAUGUAAUAAAAUAGCUUUGUAUUUCACAGA